AAUACGAAACAGGGAAAACCUGAGAAAUUCAAUAAUAAAUUCAUGUUAAAGACACAGUAGCGGUAGGCGGUGACCGCCUUUGAUGGUUCUCUGAGAUGUUCUUGAAGAAACUGCACCCAUCCAAGAGUAAGGCUUCCCUGAUGGAAACCGGAGGACAUAGCGAAUAUGAGGGCUAUAACGAAAUAGCAAUGUGAGCAGCUAUUGGCGGAUGUUAUGUCUUGUGGUCGACUCCUGACCCUGGAUGAAAAAGAAAACUUCUCGUUCAAUCGUCCUUUAGGUAGGCCUCGAACUUUAUAUUCGGCAUCCGCAGACGGUGGAAAAUGAGGUUCGAUGGUGUUGUUAUUGGCGGUAAUAUUUGUUAGUGAAAAUUACAUUCGGGCCGCUUUAGAAAAUUUAAAAUGCAAAAGAAUUCUAUUGCUAAAAGUUUUCUUGAAAGUUGCUGCCCAGUGAAGUUAAGCGGCACCCUUGAUCUGAUUUUGUCUCUGCCAAUAAGUGAGUUUUUGAUGAUGUUCCGUUUCUCGAGUAUGUUGAACGCUCGUUUAGUUGCCUUCGCUGGUUCUAUGAAAUGAGUCUGUCCCAUAUUAUGAUGUCGCUGUGAAUACUUUAUAUAUUUGUUAGGUUACAACUCUUCCAUUGAGAUCUCCCUGAAAAAAAUGUACGCAAAACUUAAUUUUAAUAUCGAAACACACGCUCAUUUGAAUCUACUCAAAAGUGAGUCAAAAUGACUCACUUUAGCAUUUUGAUGGAAAUGUCAAAAAGUGAGUAAGAUUUUAUUUAGCAAGUGAGUCAAUUUUCACUCACUUCUCAGAGUUUUAGGCUUUACUCACUUUUGCGUUAUAUUGUUUUCGAACCGUCAAACAGUUUGAAAAAUAUUCGCGAAAAAGUCUCGUAUUUUUAUAAAGUUUUUCAGUUUUGUUGUUAAUUUGAUGUGGUGAGCAGAGCAGAUGCACAGAGCUGGUGGUGGUAAUCUGGUUGUGCAUGUCCCCAAGAAUUCUCGCAGAACUGGCAGUUCCGCUGCACGAUCGAUCCGGACUAGUUGGUUCGAAAAAUUUAAUGCCGGAAUCGAUGAUUUCUCCUAUUCGCGAUAUGGACCGGAAUGUGCCAGUACUGCGACAGAUGUACAUUAAAUAUCCAUGCCUGAACUGCGCCUGCAACGGGCAGGUGGUUCAGCAGAAGCGGGUAACCGUCCCAGUGCCGGCUGGCGUUGAUGAUGGACAGACGGUACGAAACAAGGAGCUGUCCAUUACAUUCAACGUAUGGAAGAGUCGCUACUUCCGCCGACACGAUUUCGAUGUGCUCACUGACGGGUGCAGGACGUCUACAAAGAUCAGGCCACGUGUUUUUAAACGGGCCAACAACUAUGGCACCGGUGACCAUUUAAACCAGAUCCCGAUCAAGCUAAACAAGCAGCGUACGAAAUAAGAGUAAUGAUCCUCUGGACUGGAUCAGGUUCAUCUAAUUCUUCAACAAAUUCCACAUCAUCGUAACUCUCCAGGUCUUCAUCGUGCACAUCGAAAUCAACGUCUCCUUUUUCAGUGAGGAUAAGUUCGCUUAGCGCCCGAAAGAUGAUUGUUCUAGCGACUUAACCACACGAUGAAACCGGAUCUCAGAUCAGAUUAUAAGAAAUCCUUGGCGUUGCACGGGUCUUCGUAUGGUACGUGUAUUACACUAGAAAAUUCCCCACCAGCUGCAACUAGAACGAAAUACAUCACUGAAGAGGCAGAGACGAGCAGCUCAAACUCAACGACCUCAGAAGAACUCUUUCGACGACGCUUAAAACGUGUAUGGUUACCGGAAAUUGAUAUUACAACUAUAUUUUCAACUAGAGUAAUGCUAACUAAUGUGUUGUUUAGUCUAGGAAUGCUAGGAACGGUUGUUGAUGAUUAUUUGAAUGCAAUGUUAGAGCGAAACAAAAAUGUGCUGUAUCUAACCCAUCCCCGCCAAGAUCUUACUAAUAAAUUAAUAAAUAAAAUGAGCAGAUAGCUUCUUUUUCUAAUAUUUAAAAUGCCAUUCCUUUAUCAAUCU